AUGGCCGGAUUCCCCUUAUAUUCCAAUAAUUCCAUGCCAAGCUGGUAUGAUGCAUCGGAAGAUGUAGUCAUGAAUGAUGGCAACGACUUUUCCUUUCUGGCAGCCCAGCCCAUAAAGGCGCAGCAGUCCCAAGCACCAGGAGGGUAUCCUAUGGAAGUGAGUAGUUCUAAUGGAUCAGCCAGCAGUGCAUACUCCAACUCUACGACUGCAACAACAGUAUCCUUCAUGUCUUCACACACGAAUCACCACUUGCCUGUUGAUGAGCAACACAAUGUCAGCUUUCCAACAUCUUUCGGCAACUUGUCAAUCGAAGACCCCAGUUAUUGUAACCCUUUUGCUAGCCUUCAAAGUCAAGCUUAUGAUCAACCCGCUUACGAUACGCCGUCUUCACUUGGGUGGAAUGAGCAUACACGUGUAGCAGAGUUCUACGACUUGGUGCUCGAAAAGUCUCCCAAAGCACAUUAUCUUGUCCUCAAGACGCACUCAGGAGAUCCUCCAAAACCAGAUAUCUUCUACAUGCCACACAUAGUCUAUCUCGAGAACGAUGGGUGCUAUCUGACAAAAAACACCAUCCAUGUCUCUAUCCAGGUCGGGGUUGCUGGAAAGACCACAAUCGACGAUCGUUCGCAAGAGCGGCCGAUCUUGAGCGACAUUACAACGUUGUUCAUCACGCCUCAGUUGAAGAAAUCAAGUGUGACUAUCCAAGAUGUGCUCGGCAUACUGACGCCUUUACCCGUAAAGACCAUUGCCGGGACCACUAUAAAGAGUUUCACAAGGAAGAUAUCGGAUCGUACAAGGGCGCGAAAAACAACAUUGAUAAGGCACAGUGGCAAGCAAAGCAACAGCAGUGGGCAGACGAGCGACAGAUCAAACCAGAGUGGUGGCGAUGCCCUAGGUGUCUCGAUAGGAUCUAUGUUGCAACUGAAGGUUGGCAUUGCAAAUCAUGCAAUCGCGACUGUGAAAAUCAUAGAUAUGAAGCUCGUAUCAAACUGUUAG